AUGAUUCACUUCGUGCUCCUCAUUAGCCGGCAAGGGAAAGUCAGGCUGGCAAAAUGGUAUUCCGCGUACUCUCAGAAGGAACGGACGAAGAUCACGCGGGAGCUGUCAGGAACAAUACUCAGCAGGCCGGCUAAGCUAUGCAAUUUCGUCGAUUGGCGGGGUUACAAGGUUGUUUACAAGCGGUACGCGAGCCUGUACUUCUGCAUGUGCGUGGACAUCAACGACAACGAGCUGGAAACCCUCGAGAUCAUCCACCACUACGUCGAGGUGCUCGACCGCUACUUCACCAACGUCUGCGAGCUUGAUCUCAUCUUCAACUUCCACAAGGCAUACUAUAUACUAGAUGAAAUCCUCAUAGCAGGAGAGCUACAAGAGUCGAGCAAGAAGUCGGUUGCAAGAGUGAUAGCGGCUCAGGACACGUUGGUGGAGACAGCCAAGGAGCAGGGCGGAGGAACAGCGGGGGAGGCAAGCGACGUGGAGGCAGUGGCGGAGGAAGCCGGGGAGGCGGGGGCGGGCGGAAUGGUGGAUCGGCGGGAAGAGGACGCGGCGAUGCUCCUCACGGCGCUGCGAACGACGUCGGAGGACGACCGAACGCCCACGGAAGUUCGGUCGGGCGAGGUGCCGUCGAAUGAAAGCCGGAAUCCGCGGAGGAACGAGCCCCGGCAGCCGGGUGCUAGCGGCGGCGGUUCUGCGGCAAGCGGAAGGGGCAUUUACUCGGCGGUGAAAUUUGUGUACGAGUACGAAACUGUUCGCGGGGGCGGAUACAACACGGGCGACCUUGACGAGGCGAGGGAGUCCGAGCAGAGGGAUGUGACGGGGAGGGGUGACGCGGAGCACGGGGGUAAGGAGAAGAUUGGAGGAGCGACAGAAGGACGAGCAGCGCAGGGAGCACGCGGCGGUGCGGAGUGGCAUGGGAGGAAGGGGCGCGGCGUGUGGUUGAGGCUGGCCUGCGGAUCCGCGCGAACUCAAGGUCGGGGGGACGGGAAAGGUGCUACUGGUGGCGGUGCUGCUGGUGUGCAUGCAGGAGCAGGCGGCCACAGAGGCCUGGGGUACGGGUCUCACAGGGUGGAGGUGUCGAGUGGUGCCGGAACGAGCGAGGGCGCAGCGAGGACGUUCAGGCCGGGCGGAGUGCUGCGAGGGGACGGCGAGGGUGAGGUGCAGGAGGAGAAAAAGGCGCACGCAGGGAUUGGGGAAGAAGGAACGGGCGGAGCGGAUGCGAAGGAAAGGGAGGUGGGAGGGGAGGAGGAAGACGAGGCAAUGGCGGAGGAGGAGAAAGUGGAGGGCGGCGAGAGGGGAGGCGAUGGGCCAAGGGGUGUAUCGAGUGAGGAGGAACACGGGCGUGCCCUGAGUGAGUUGGGGGAGACAGCUGUGCCUGGGGCGGCGGUGGAAGCAGAGCAGGGCAGGGUGGUGGCGGUGCUGCCUGUGUUCUUCGACAGAGGGGGCUCUUCCUCUGGCGCCCACGCACCAGCUCAGCUCGGCUCGACUGCACGGGCGGCUGCUGCUGCUCCUGCUCCUGCUGCUCCUGCUGCUGCUUCUGCUGCUCCUACUGCUGCUGGUGCCUUCAGCUUGUCUGGAAAUGCUGGGUCAGGUGCUGCAUCAGGUGCUGCAUCAGGUGCUGCAUCAGGUGCUACUUCAGAUGCUGCAUCAGGUGCUGGCUCAGGUGCUGCUGUAGGAGUGUGCGAGGUGCUGCCUGUGGUGGAGGAGAGGGUGGGGCUCCUACCGGUUUUGGAUGACAGGCAAAAGCGCUUGCCUCAUUCCGCAGGAGCAGUGGGGGCAGCAGGAGCAGGGGAAGUGACGUGUCCUGCUGACGUGGCAGUGCGGUUUGAGAGGCUCCACGUGGGCGUGGAGGCCAUAGGGGCAGGCGGGCUGGGUGGGGAGGCGGAGGGAGGGGCGGAGGGCGAGGAGAAGGAGCAGCGAGACAGCAGAGGAAUGCAGCAAGGAAGAAGAGGCCAAGGGGGCUCACCAGACCAGGGAGGUCUAGGGGGUCAAGCGGGUCACCGUCAACAGGGUCAAGGGAGUCAAGGGGGUGAAGCGGGUCAAGGGAGUCAACAAGGGGGUCAAAGGAGUCAAGGACAGCAGUGGAGUCAGGGGGGUUGGCAGCGAGGCAGGGGAAGGGGGCGUGGGGGCAGAGGAAGAGGCAGGGGUGGAAUGGGGAGGAGGGGCGGGGGAGACGAGCAGGGGGUGGAGGUGGGGAGCGGGCAGUGGGCGUGGGGGCGGGGGCAGGGGGGGAUGCUGCUGGGGGGGGUGGAGGACGUGGGGUAUGUGACUGUUGGCGGUGUGACUGUAUCGACAGGUGGAGGUGCGGGUUGGCGUGGGGGGUAUGAAGGACAGGGGUAUGGGGGUGGGGGGAGGCAGGGGCGUGGAAGGGUUGGAGAUGCGGGGAGGAGCCGGGGGAGGGGGAGGGGUGGGGAAAGGGGUGGGGGAAGGAGAGGUGGGAUGGAAAGAGAGGGAGGGAGUGAGGAGGAAGAUGAGAGUGCGGAAGAGAGUGAGGAGGGGAGCGACAGUAGCAUCGAUGCUGACGUGGCACAGGACUUUAUGGACAACCUGAUGGAUGACAGCGAUGAUGCGAGCAUGGAGGCGGGCGAGGCAGAGGAAGACAAGGAUGAAGAGGGCGAGGAGGAGGCGGAUGAGGUGGUGGUGGUGACGGAGGGAAGGGUGGCAGAGGCGGAAAAGGUGGUGGAGGAGGAACAAGUGGAGGAGGAGGAGGAGGCGGCAGAGGAAGAAGCGGGGGAGGAAGAGGCAGAGGAGGUAUUCAAUGAGGAGGACGAGGGCAAGGAGGGCGAGGAUGAGGAGGUGGACGAGGGGAACCGGGAAGAAGCAGAUGCAGUGGAGGGCGAGAGCGAGGGCGAGGGCGAGGGCGGAGUGUGCUACGAGGAGGAGCGGCACACUGGGCUGGGGUACUGCGCUGGUGCCUCCGUGCCCUCUGCUGCCUCCGUGCCCUCUGGUGGCUCCGUGCCCUCUCCUGAGGAGUUCUGGAACCACCUCAAACGCGUCAGGGGCUCGAAGCAGGGGGGGCAGGCGGGCGACAGAGGAGGAGCGAGGGCAGGCGGGGUGGCAGGGCAGGGUGAAACGAGGAAGGGCAGUGAAGCAGGAGAGCUGGAUGGUGGUGUGGAUAGGGAGGAGGAGGGAGGUGAAGGGGAGGAGGGGGAUGCAGAUAAGGGGGAGCGGAAGGGCGAAGGGAAGGAGGAAGAAGAGAAUGAGGAGGAUGAGGAGGAGGAAGAGACUGAGGAGGAUGAGGAGGAGGAAGAGAGCGAGGAUGAGGAGGAAGGGGAGAGCGAGGAGGGCAUGGAGGAGGAGUUGGGCGAGGAGUGGGAGAGGGAGCUUGAAGCGGCCUACCAGCGCGAGCUGGCUCGCCGCCAGACAGGCAAGGGCAAGGGCGCUGCUGCUUCCUCUGCUGCUCCUGCUCCCCCCUGCCCGGCCUCUGCUGCUCCUGUUGCACGGGGCACUGCGGCCCUGGGCCGAGGCAGAGGGCGGGCAGCGGGAGGAGGGGCGGCGGGCAGCAAGAAGGGGCGCAGGAAGCAGGCGAUGCAGCUGAAGCGCAUGCAGCGAGCCAUGGGAUUCAACCCCGACGCUGCUGACGUGGACCUCAUGCACCUCAACCAGGGCAUGCAGCAGGUGGCGGUGGGCCGCGUGGACGUUUUUGCCUCGCCACCACUGACUCAGCACCAGUUUUCCAUGGUGCAAGGCAUGGCACGCUCAUACCGCCUGGCCACCACGGUGCAGCAGAGCGGCAAGAGGAAGUACGUGUGCCUGCCUUUCUCUCUCACUCCCACUUCACCACGUGCUAUUCGCCUCCUUCGCCUCGCCUUGCAUGCUUGUGUCUCAUGCCUGCUUGCUCCCAUCCACCUCUCUCCCCGCACCUCUUCUCACGACCCUUUUUCUCUCUCUUUGCGCCCCUCCCCGUGGCGCCUUGCACACAUUCUUCUUCUCCAAUCUUGUUCGUAUUUGUGCCGCCAUUCAGGAUGCUGCUAUUUCGAUCGGGGCGGCACACAGCAGUGCCACAGGGCGAAGACAUGGCUCGACUGGAAGAGGUCUGCUGCUUUUUCAGGGGGGCGUUUUAUUCUUGGCCGCUUCAACCUUGCCAGAGCCGCUGCCGCUGAGUGCGGUGGUGCGAGCAGCGGGCAGGGGCAGCGGGGGGUGAGGAGGAAGGGCGGGGACUACAGAGAGCGGCGGCUGGCACAGUACAUGGAAGACAUGGAUGUGGAGCGAGGAAUCGCUGAGAUGGAGGAGAUGAUGAUGAUGAUGGGUGAUGAUGAUGACAGUGAUGAGGACGAGGAUGAUGAGGAUGAGGAGGAGGAGGAGGAGGAGGAGGAGGAUGAAGAUGAUGAAAGUGGGGAGGAGGAUAGCAAAGAGAGUGAUGAGAGUGAUGGGAGUGAGGAGGAUGGGGAGGUUGAUGGGAGUGCUGAGAGUGAGGACGGGGAGAGUGAGGGAAGCAGUGAGGCAGAAGAUGCGUUUCUUGAGUUGGAGGAGGAGGAGUGGCUUGUACCAGGGGAAGCGAGUCGUGUGUCACGCAAGCAGCGGAAGGCGCAGGCCCAGGCACGGCUGAUGCAGGCACUGGGGGAGCGCAUGCAGAGGGACAAGGCAGCACGGAAGAAGGUGCUGCAGGAGAAGGCACGGGACGGGAAUGGGCGGGGGAGAAGGGAGAGAGCGGUUAGCGGAGAGGAGGAGACUCUGUGGAGGAGGAAGGGAGGAGGGCUGGUGCGAGCUGGGGGAGGUAGUGGGAGGCGGGGCGUGUGGGAAGGGCGGGUGGGUAGCAGGUCAAGGAGGCAGGGGUAUGCGGGGAACCCUGUGGUGUUUGUGUCGCGGGGCAUCAUGGCGACCGAUGUGCUUGUAACAGACGAGGGCGACCAGGAGGUGAAUGUGACUGUACAGAGCGUGCAGCAGCCGGGCUCAGAAGCAAAGGAGGUUUUGGGGGAUAUGAUGAGUGAAAAAGGUGCAGAACCGGAUGUGGUUGUAUCCUCUGGUGCGAGCCCUACAGGCCGUGUGGCGGGUGUUACAACAAGGGCAACGGAUGCUGCUGCUGUAGCGAGUGUAGGGGGCUCUGUUGCCAUGCAGGUGCAGGGACAAACGGCUGCGGAGGCCAGGGGUCAGGACAGGAAGAUUCCUCAGAGCAGUGGUGGGGCUAAGGGUGGCAGGGAGGAUGGCGGAAGGGCAAGAGGAGGGCGAGGUGGCAGGGGUAGUGGAGGGAGUGGAGUAGAAGGUAGGGAUGCCAGGCGCAGUGUGGGCGGCUGUGGCGUGGCAGCGGAUUUUGCAAGUUUUGAGGCGCACACGAGGGGGUUUGGUUCGCGCAUGAUGGCACAAAUGGGUUUCCGCAUUGGCUCUGGCCUUGGGAAGGACAAGCAGGGCAUUUCCGAGCCUGUGCAAGCUGAGCUACGCCCCAAGGGUCUUGGACUUGGAGCACGUAUAUAG